GCCAGCCUGUGCUGGGUGACCCGGGGCAGGUCACCUCACCUCGCUGAGCCUCCGCGUUGAAAGAGAGGCCCCCCCAUCGGCCCGUCGGAAUAAAGGCUCAGUGACCCGCCAGUUCUGCCCAGGAGCUAACCUGCCUCUCUGAGCCCCUGGCUGACUGGCUUGUGCCUCCCCCAGGAUGGACACACAGACUGUGCUGCUCAUCCUUCAAGCCUUGCUGGUGCUCCCCCUGGCUGACGGAGCCAACCCCGUCCUGCGCUUUGUGGCUCUGGGUGACUGGGGAGGAGUCCCCAAUGCCCCGUUCUACACCGCUCGGGAGACGGCCAAUGCCAAAGAGAUUGCCAGGACCGUGCAGAUCCUUGGCGCAGACUUCAUCCUGUCCCUGGGGGACAAUUUCUACUUCACUGGCGUGCAGGAUGCCAAUGACAAGAGGUUUCGGGAGACCUUUGAGGAUGUGUUCUCUGCCUCCUCCCUCCGCAACGUGCCCUGGUACGUGCUGGCUGGCAACCACGACCACUUGGGGAACGUCUCAGCACAGAUAGCCUACUCCAGGAUCUCUCAGCGUUGGAACUUCCCCAGCCCUUACUACCGUCUGCGCUUCAAAGUCCCACGGUCCAACGUGUCCGUGGCCAUCUUCAUGCUGGACACGGUGACGCUGUGUGGCAACUCAGAUGACUUCCUGAGCCAGCAGCCCGAAAGGCCCCGUGACCCGGUGCUGGCCCGCACACAGCUGGCCUGGCUCAAGAAGCAGCUGGCGGCGGCCAAGGAGGACUACGUGCUGGUGGCUGGCCACUACCCCGUGUGGUCCAUCGCCGAGCAUGGGCCCACCCACUGCCUGGUCAAGCAACUGAUGCCACUGCUGGCCACGUACAAGGUCACUGCCUACCUGUGUGGCCAUGACCACAACCUGCAGUACCUUCAGGAUGAGAAUGGCGUGGGCUACGUGCUGAGUGGGGCCGGAAACUUCAUGGACCCUUCGAAAAAGCAUCUGCGCAAGGUUCCCAACGGCUACCUGCGCUUCCACUACGGGGCCGAGGACUCGCUGGGUGGCUUUACCUACGUGGAGAUCAGCCCCAAAGAGAUGAGCGUCACUUACAUCGAAGCCUCUGGCAAGUCCCUCUUCAAGACCAGACUGCCAAGGCGAGCCAGGCCCGAGCACCCGCGAAUACACCACUCUAAGGCCUGAGGCAGAGGGGCCUCCCUGCCAGGGGGUGGGUGGGCCCUGCUGGGACCCGUGCCCAUGGGCAGGCUUUCUCAAGGGCCCGCCGGGGCCUCAGCAGAGCAGAGGGAGAACCACAGAUGAGGAGCUGUGGUCCCAGGUGGCCCUUGUGACAAGGAUGCUCACAUACGUGAAAGACACAGGGACACGUGUACCAGCCGGAGUGCUGUGCCCAGUAGUUGGGCUUGUCCAACCUGAGUUCCGGGCAAUCGGGGGCAGGGAGGGAAAGCCUUCUCCUGAAUCAAGCAUCUGUUGAUUCUGUCACUGCCGAAUAUUCAAUAAAAGAAUAGUUGCAGAGGCUGAACGCA